GCGCCACACAAGGCGCAGCUCUUGCUCGUACACACACGCACACACGGCGCAACCGACCCGACAUGCGCCGGACCCGACGACAGGCCGGCCCUUUCGCUAUCAUUGGUCUGGUGGUGAUUGGUCUGGGUCUGGCAGCCGCCAUCACCUCUCUGGUGGCAGGGGCGCUGUAUGCCAUUGCCAGCGCCGUGGGCCUGUAUGUGUCCAUCGCCGCCGCCACCAUCAACGAGUGCACCCCCGCCUCCAACACCACCACCACCACCUCCACCGGCACCACACCCGUGCCAGACAUCGGCAGCGGCGGCACGGGAGGCGGCGGCGGCACCAGCACUUCCCCCUCCCCCUCGUCCCCCUCCUCCCCCUCUCCGUCGCCCUCCAAGAAACACAAGGCGCAGCCAGCCGUCAACUGCUUUGACGCUGCCAAGCAGGCCGGCUGGCUGUCGUCCAUCUCCAACAGCGCCAACGACAUGAACAAGUACCUCAUACCGUACGUGUGGGGCGGCGGCCUGGAUGACGGGCUGUUGGGCAUCACCGAGAACCUGUUGGACCAGACCAUACGCAUUGCCAAGAGCAUGCAGCAGCAGCAGCCGCAACCCCAGCAGUAACAGUACUGGACGUAGCACAAGUGGACGUACAAGUGGUGUAGAAGCAGUGGAUUGGCAAGGCCUCCGUGAAGUAGGCGAAUAGGUUACCAUUGUAAUGGGUUUGCCCGGGUCGGAGAAGCGAGAUGUGCUGUUGGGACAGAGCAUGUUUGUGCGAGUGUGGUCCUCGCAUGCAUUUGGCCAAACCCACACAGGGGUGCGAAAGGCAGCUAGCGCAAAUACGCUGCUCUGCCCCGGGAAGGACCUGGCUUUGCCCAUUUUAAAGCAAACUUAGUCCAUGAUGUUGGCAAGUGUGCUUAAAAGGUCGUGAUGGAGGGCUCGUGUGUACAUGACAGACGUACAGCGAGAGGGCCGGGGCAGCCCUGCAGCACGUGCGGCAUCCGGCAAGCGUGCCGGCCCCGCCGGGGCGGGACCCAAGAAGCGCCUGUCUAUCGAAUAGCCAGAACCCAGCUCUCUCGCGUUGCCAUCUUGGCGAGUAGUAAAAUUGGAGUGGGACGCAAGUGUGCGCGUGUUGACGCGGGUGUUUGUUAGUUGGGAUGCAUGAUAAGCCGGCUCGGAGGAAAGCAAGGGCAGGGGCCAGGCAAGCACGACCAAGUAUAUAGCGGAAGAGCGCAAGGUAGUCAUGCGUACGCUCUUUCUCAAGAGAAUGCAGCCCGAACCUGAAACGGCCCGAACCGACAGCUGGAGGGUGUGAGCUGCGACAGCUGGGGAGCCCACAGAUGCAGGUGCACACCCUGGCUCUCCGCAAUAAUGUAUUCGUAUGUAAAAUAUGUUGCUC